GAUGGCAGUUUGCGCCUCGUCGAUGGAAGAAAUCCUCACGAAGGACGUAUUGAAGUUUAUUACAAAGGAAUAUGGGGAACAGUUUGCGGUAGAGGGUUUAGCCAAAAGGAAGCCGAUGUAGUUUGCCGACAACUUGGAUAUGAGAAAGCAGAUUUUUGCUAUUCUGUCAAUAAGACAUCAUUGGGGUAUAAUCCGAUUGCCUUACAACGUAUUCAUUGCAAUGGCAAUGAAAGCCAACUGCUGGAAUGUGCCGAUAUCAAAUGGGAU